GCUGGUAUGAGCUUCCCAGGGUCAAUCUCAAUGCGUAUCCUAAAGAUUCUCCCUGGUCUCGACCGCCACCAAUAUGCUCUGGAAUAGUUAUAUAUAAGGGAGGACGUCUCUCGUGGAGUAGAGAUGAUCUCCAAUCGUGAUCAACAAGUUCUUUGCCAGUCACUCGCUAAUACCUAAUACCGCUAAAAUGGUGUCCAUUCAUUUCCAGCUACUCUCGGUCCUUUGUAUCAGUUCUUUCGUCAGUGCCGCACCAGGCUUAAACCCCCAACAAUUGCGGCAGCAGCAGCAGCAAGGGCAACAAGCCACUGCCUGUACCAAUCCCACUCAACGUAAAGCCUGGCACAAACUCACCAAUGUCGAGAAGAAGGACUAUGUCGACGCCACGCUCUGCCUCAUGUCGAAGCCCGCUACUAUGGGCUGGGAAGGUGCCACGACCCGUUGGGACGAGCUGACGUACGUCCACAAGGUGAACACCAACAUCGUGCACAACGUCGGCGGUCUGCUCCCGUGGCAUCGGUACUAUGUCUACCUGCACGAGCAAAUGCUCAAGACGGAGUGCGGUUACAAGGGCGCUCAGCCCUACUGGGAAACGGUGCUCGACGUCGGCAACAUCCUUGGAUCCUCCGUCCUGGAUCCCGUUACCGGCUUCGGCGGCAACGGGACCGGUGCCGACUUGUGCGUCUCCGACGGUCCACUCGCUAAUAUUACGCUUCACAUGGGGCCCAAGUACACCAAUACCGACCACUGCCUAAAACGGAAUGUGAAUGAGCUGGUUGCGCAGCAGAAUUGCAGUCAGAGCAACAUUGAUACGCUCUUCACUUACAGCAAAUUCAGUGAUGUGUACGAUCUUUUCGGUAACACUAUUCACACUGGUGGCCACUCGUCCAUUGGUGGUACUGGUGGCACCAUGACGGAUCUCAUCAACAGCCCUGGAGACCCCAUAUUCUUUUUACAUCACGCAAACCUCGAUCGCAUCUGGCGAAAGUGGCAACAAGUCGACCCCGCCAGCCGCCUCUACGACAUUGCCGGCCGCAAUGUCCCCACCGCCGACUACAUCUCGAGCCGGGGCUUGUUGGAAGUCUCCGAGUCCCAGUCUCUCUACUUCGGCGACAACGGCACCGAGACCACGCUAAAUCACAACAUGGAUAUGAUCGAGAUGCUGCCAAAUCGGACAAUCCGUGACGUGAUGGAUAUCAAGGGCGAUUUCUUGUGCUAUGAGUAUUUGUGAAGGACAGGUCAGGUAGCCACCGAGUGUGUGGGGAUGCCUCAUGUCAUUAUGGGAAUGAAAGGG